AUGCCCAUGCUCACGUCUAUUCGCAGCCGCUCAGGCUCUCCCCCGGCCAUGCCCAGCUCUAAGCUUGACAGCCGUGCUCCUUUUCCUAAUCAAUCACCUGAGAUUGAUAACAUUCAAUUCCCGCGCUCUUGGGAAGCGGCUUGGGAAGCAGCGGGCCAAACCAACUUUGAGCGCGCGCAAGCUUUUCUGUUCUUCUACCGUGGAGAUGACGCUUCUACCAACAGCGAGCUCCGAUCCAUCGCAGCAAAUCCCAGGCAUCGAGAUGUCGUCUCUCUUGCAGCUUCAGUCCAGCGAAUUGUCUUUGGCAACCGCCACUCGACCUUCAACACAACCUCCCUUUUGCAGUGGAUGCGUUUCGUGCUCAUUAAGAGCCAAGCUCUUACAUCUACCAAGACGAAUGCAGUUCGCGAUUUCUUUUUUGACCCAUCGGUAGCUCGUAACCUACCUCAGCUCCCCCAAGACCCGAUUGUCUAUCAAUACCCAGCAGCCCCUUUGAAAGUCAUGAUCAUUGGUGGAGGUCCCACAGGCCUGGCUUCUGCGAUUGCUCUGGCCGAGAAGGCUGGGGCCAGAGUGGAGGUCCAUCUUUACGAAGGCAGAUGGAUUCAGCAGCCGGGUAGCUCUUUCGUCAGUUACCCACCAGGGGCCCGUCGUCGCGACCAGGUAGUCAGGCUCCAAGACACCGUGACAGACUUGAUGAGCGAUAGAACGAGACAAGCUGUCUUUGGCGGAAAUCCAGAGCGUGUUUGGCCUGGUUCCAGCAAUCUCCAGAUCCGCAAGCUCGAAGACGGUCUCUUGCGACGGGCACAAGACAGCCAGUUCCGCGAUCUCAUCUUCCUACAUGCCUCACAGGUCAGACAGGACAAUCUUUCGGAGUACGGCGACUUCCACCUGAUGCUUGGUGCCGACGGCGCUGGUUCUUGGCUUCGCAGUGCUUACUUUCCGGGGCAAGAAGAGGAGGCAAUACUUGAUGGUCUGGAGCUUUACGGUUUCAAGCAGUGCGAAUUGAAAAACAUUGUUCGCAUUCCCAUUGUUGUACGCAGGAUCAACAAAGCCGUCGAGCAGGUUCCGCAGUGCGACUCUACAGCCCUGCGCCGACCCCACGGUCUGGUUGCCUUGGCUGGGGAUGCGGCAAUGACGGUGCACUUCUGGCCUGGGAGAGGUGCGAACUCCGGCAUGAAGGCAGGCAUUGCUUGGGCCGAUGAAGUUACUCGUGCUCUCUUCCACGGCCAAUUCGUUGGUCUUCAGACCUCUUCGCUGGGGAUGUAUCACGACUUUCUGCAAAAGCUCCAAGAGCGGGAGCACGGCGGUCGCAGCUUGCCCAUCGUCAAGCAGACCGGCGAUCCUGAUAUGAUGGCCUGGCUGAUGCGCAACGCUCGACUUAUCCCGCAUCACGUGGCGAUGGAGUGGCUAGUCGGUCAGAUGCGUCGUGAUGGUGUCCGCAUUCAAAGGCGUGCCGACUGGGCUUUUGAGCAGGUUAACAACCUCGAACUGCAGCUUCGGGAGAUUCUCGAGAAGAUGGAUGUCGUUACCCUUCAGGAGAUGGCCGCGACGUUCCCAUGGCCUACGCAGGAAAUGGCCGGGGCCGAAGUCCUUCCGGAGAGAUUCACCACGUCAAAUCUGGCCGACCACUCGCCGCAGCAGGCCAACCAAUAUGCGGCCAGCCCCAAUAUCUUGAAUCGCGGCGGUGCUGUUGAAGGAGGCCUGGCGCCAAACCAUGUGCCACAGAAUCGGCCUCUUUAA